CUCCCUACCUUCCAUCCCAUCUCACAGGGUAUGGAAUUCCCAUUGUCACUGUUUUGUUUUCCUGAAUGCUUUUAGAGCAAGGCCGUGACAUUGUUUUUGAGGACGUAGAGAUGGAACCGUCCUUCUCAUAGCACAAAGAAUGAACCAGCAGUGGAAGAGAAAACACUGUUACCUGGCUGCCAAGUGGUAAAGGAGAUGUUUCAUUUCUGUGCUGAGCAUCUGUGAAGUCUGUGAUGGAAACGACAGCCUUCCCAGAGGUGGCACUGCCUACAGAGGGCUGGACCUCCACCAUUGAUCAACAAUCAAGAAAAUGCCUCACAGACAUACCCACAGGCCAGUGGGGUGGAGGCAUUUCCCUGUGAGGCUCCCUCUUCCCAGGAUGGCCGGCUGUGGUGAAAUUGAUCACUCAAUAAAUAUGCUUCCAGCAAACAAGAAGGCAAAUGAGUCAUGUUCUAAUAAUGCACCUUCUCUGACUGUUCCUGAAUGUGCCAUUUGUCUGCAGACAUGCGUUCAUCCAGUCAGUCUGCCCUGUAAGCAUGUUUUCUGCUAUCUGUGUGUAAAGGGAGCUUCAUGGCUAGGAAAGCGAUGUGCCCUUUGUCGACAAGAAAUUCCUGAGGAUUUCCUCGACAAGCCAACUUUGUUGUCCCCAGAAGAACUGAAGGCAGCGAGCAGAGGAAACGGUGACUAUGCGUGGUAUUAUGAAGGGAGGAAUGGCUGGUGGCAGUAUGAUGAGCGCACCAGCCGGGAGCUGGAAGAUGCUUUCUCCAAAGGCAAGAAAAACACUGAAAUGUUAAUUGCUGGGUUUCUGUAUGUUGCUGAUCUUGAAAAUAUGGUUCAGUAUAGGAGAAAUGAACAUGGACGUCGAAGGAAGAUUAAGCGAGAUAUAAUAGAUAUACCAAAGAAGGGAGUAGCUGGACUGCGGCUGGACUGCGACACCAACACUGUAAACCUAGCAAGAGAGAGCUCUGCCGAUGGUGCGGACAGCAUAUCAGCACAAUCUGGAGCUUCUGUUCAGCUUCCGGUGCCGUCUUCCAUCAGGCCCCUAACAUCAGUCGAUGGUCAGCUAACCAGCCCUGCAACACCGUCCCCUGAUGCAGGCACUUCUCUGGAAGACUCUUUUGCUCAUUUACAACUCAAUGGAGACAGCAUAGCUGAAAGAAGUCAUAGAGGGGAAGGAGAAGAAGAUCAUGAAUCACCACCUUCAGGGAGAGUACCAGAUACCUCCGCUGAAGAAAGCGAGUCUGAUACCAGUAGUGAUAGUGAGAUUGUACCUGCAGUUGUUGGACAACACUCCUUGACCCAACAGAGACUUCUGGUUCCAAACGCAAACCAGACAGUAGCUGAUCGAUCAGACCGAUCAGUAGCAGGGGGUGGAACCAUAAGUGUCGGUGUCAGGUCGAGAAGGCCUGAUGGACAGUGCACAGUGACUGAAGUUUAAAUAAACGUCUUCAGCUCCACGCUGUAAAUUUCUGCCCACAUAACAUUAUACUCAUCCCUAGUAGUGCAUUGUGGGAGUUUGGGUGGGAAGGGGUAUGGGAAGGACAGACCUGAAAUUAAAAUGUUUAAUAUGUCUCUGUUGAGAUUUAUUUAAUGUGAGGAAUUUGGGUGUUGGUAGUUGAAAGCUGUUCAGUAAUAACCCAGUUUUUCUUGACAUAUAUAUAUAUAUUUUUUAACUUUUUAGUUCCCUUGGCCAGUGUGUGUCUCUGCAUUAAUGGUCUUCAUCUGACUCUUGCACUACCUUAUUUUUCUGCAUGGAUUGGUAUAAAAUCCUUACUAAAAAUUGGCACUUGUGAGAUACUUGAUAUCAUGGGCAGGAAGCUUAAUGUGGAAAUAGAAGUGAAUUUGGGAUUUCACAAUAGAUGAACAGCUAUUGAACUAGAAAUGCGAAGCAAGCCAGUAACUUCAGUUUCUGAUUUUUAACGCUGCACAGUGUUCCUUCCCACAGGCUUUGCUGUCUUAUCCUUGUAGUUCGAGGUUUCUCUUAACCUACAUAUUUUUCUUUAUGAUUUAAAAAUUUAUAAUUUAAUAAAUACUAGAGUUUAUCAGAAAUUGUCUCUUGUUUGAGUUUGGAAAAGGGAUGGAAAUACUUGGAUCUUAGUGACCAAAGGCAAUUAAAAAGGUGGUUGUUUGCUUGAUUAUAUUCGGCUUAAAUAAUCACCCACUCAGAAGUUUGACUUCUUCAUAGAGAAUAUUUAAAAAGAAGCUAUGGGCAGUGGACAUGGAAUAGGUAGAUGUUGAAAUAGACCUAAAGGUUGUAAGACUUGAAAUUUCUGAAAUAGAUGAUUCCAUUAAUUUUGCAUUUUCCUUGCCAGUCUCUGUCAGUGGUAUUACAACCUAGGUUACACAGAAAAUUUACUUAAAAGCAGUAUUAGUAAACCCAAAUUUACACAAAAAUUCUACAGAUCAGAUCAGUCUAUUUUUAUUAGGCACGAAAAUGUCUUGGUAAGGUAGGAAGUGUUUCGUAAACAUGGAAUCAAGAAUUCGUCUCUGGAAAAAAACGUCAUUCUGUCUUACUAUAUUUUCUUAAAACAGUAGGAUCAUGUUGCAAAGCAUUUCCAAGUUAUCUUUAUUAUGUGAAUUGAAUGGCCAAAUAAAACAACAGUAAAAAACAGUCAUUACUUUGAAAGUGUCUUUAACAAACUUUUGUUGAGAUGGGUUAGGGUUAGAACUUAAUUCUAAGACCUAUUUUUAAAGUAAAUACUGGGAUGAUCAUAAAUUCUGGGUUAUGCAUUUCUAUUAAAUUGACUAUUAAAAUAGCUAAUCACACAUGAAGAAAAAUUAGCUGUUCAGAAAAACAAGUCUGCUGGAAAAAAUGGAAAAAAAUAGGCAAAUUUGUUUAGGAUGCUUCCUGAAUCUUUAAAACCCUAUCAACAGCACUGUUUCUUACUAGCUUGGGAAUUCUAGGGAGCACAAAUGAAUGGUGACUCUGUGUAACCAGCUCUAUAUAUGAUUUUGACUGGUAGGUCAUUUCAAAUAGAAAAUCACCAAAAAGAUCAACUAAAUAAAACUCCAGAUUCAUAGGAGGGUGGUCCAUCUUUUACUGAAGGUCCAUUGCCCACUGACUCCUACCCCCUAGUGUUCAGGACAGUACAUGACAACAGUCAUCCUUUUUGUUUACUUCUCUCACCUUUCUCUGCUUUUUGCUUUAUUUGAAAGGGUUAUCAAGGUGUUUUUGUUUGUAUUUAUUAUUUUUGGUAAACUACUUCCAUUUAAAAAAGAAAAACUGCUAGGCUUUGUACUGUGACCUGUAAUUCCAGCAUGUGGAGGUCACAGUAGGAAGAUGAGUUCAGGGUCCCCUUGGCUACACAGCAAAUUUAAUGCCAGUCGCUCUAUGAGACUUAGUAUUUAAAAAAGAAAAAAGGAAAAGAAAAAAAAUCAGCAUAUUUAGAAAAAGUAAACCCAGAGAUAGGUAGAAAGUUUUCAUUUUAAAAGUAGACCUUUGGUCAUAGGCUAAGAACUACUAUAGAGAUGUAGGAAUUGAUACAAGUAAUUUUUAAGCAAAUGUUGGUUAAAAAGAAAGAAGCUAGACCAACGAGUUACUUAAAAAAAAAUCACCAGAAGCAAACACCGUAUUAGUGCGCUUUGGAGCAAUCGUCCUGCUUGUGCUUGGUGUCCUCCAACUCCAUGUGUGUUAGCCAUGGCAGCUUGUAAUCA